AUGCAAGUUAACGAUGCCCCGGUCGUACGAUUUACGAAUGUGGAAGAGCUCUUCGACGACAUUAAUGCCACUGACCAAGAUCUCCUGAUUGUUAUAAACAUCUCUCUAAAAGAUUUUACCAAAAUUCAGCGUGAGCGAGAGAAGCGACGCCGCAAGUUCCGUGUUCGCCGCUACAAUGUUGAUGCCCAGGUCUUAUUCAUUACGGUUACAACCGGGCUCCACGAGACCCUUCAUGCGGAGCUUUAUCAGCUAUUUCGUAAGCCUAUCGUCCUGAAUGAUUGGUGUAAAAGUUGGGUGUCAUUAGGUGCCACGACGUUUCAUUAUCAAGGCUCUCCCAGAGCACCCAUCGGGGAAGGCGAUUCUACCGGCGGUCCAUCUCCAGAACGUCGAGGAAGAGGCGAGUGGCCGAACUGUUGUGCUUUGAUAGAGCGAUGGGAAGAGCAGAUUCCGCACCUACAAGGACCGAUCACACGGAGACGCCAUGCUGCUAUCUUACAGCAGAAUGACGUUCUCGAGCCGGUGAAACGGCAAACCAUCACCAUCACCCGCGAUGAGACGACGGAUCCAGUGUCCUAUGAUGUUGCUGGGGGGCCAUUGGUACUAGAAUUUCGGCUUCUUUUUCUUCGCGAUCCAAGCCUAGAGGAUAGGGAUGUUGUAAUUAACAUUGAGGACCUGCAAGAUUUUGGAAUGUGGGCCUGGGAGAUGGCAAGUUAG